AUGGACGCCCUCCUAGCCUCCGCAGGCCCCCUCAAUCCCGGCAAGAAGCGCCGUAUGAAGCCUUCAGCGCGCUCUACCGCCCCAGCGCACAAGAACACUCAGUACGGGGACGAAAAGAUCGACCCCUCCCUCUAUUCCAUCCUCGACAACACCCGCACCCCCUCUGCAUUCGGUACAAACAACCUAGCUUCUGGCUCGGCGGAGCCAGCUCUCCAAGCCAACAAAAUUGUUGCGCGGAUAGGAGACAAGAAGCUCCGCGCGAGGGUGGCAAGGACGGAUGUAUCGAACAAGCGGGCGCAGAAGGAGCGGGCGGAGGUGAAUGAGUGGCUGAAUGCGCCAAUGGCGGGUGGACUGGGAGGUAUUGAGGUGGAUGAGGAUCAAGGGGAGAGGACGUGGCGGGUGGGCCAGGAGGAGAUUGUCAAGGAAGUAGGAGUGGCGAGCGGGUCGAAGCGAUUUGAUCUGAAGUUUGAGGAUAUGGGGAGCUACAAGGUGGACUAUACGCGGAACGGAAGACAUAUAGCUAUAGCAUCGUCCAAGGGGCACGUAGCGACAUUCGACUGGCAAGCUGGCCGGCUGCACUCUGAGAUCCAACUUCGGGAAAGCGUCAGAGCGAUCAAAUUCCUUCAGUCCGAGUCGUUCUAUGCCGUCGCUCAGAAGAAAUAUGUCUUUGUCUACGAUCAAAACGGUGUAGAGCUGCACAAGCUCAAGCAGCACAUGGACCCCACCCACCUCGAAUACCUUCCCUACCACUACCUCCUCACAUCGGUCGGCCACGCCGGAUGGCUCAAAUACCACGACGUCUCCACUGGCGUCAUGCUCACCCAAAUACCCACCCACCUCGGCUCCCCAUCCACCAUGGCCCAAAACUCCCACUCUGGCAUAAUACACCUCGGUCACUCCAACGGCACCAUGACACUCUGGUCCCCCAAUCAAACAUCCGCGCACGUCAAGCUCCUAGCGCACCGAGGACCAGUCGUCGCCAUUGCCUCGGAUCCGAGUGAAUCCUCUGCCGGCCGGUACACCGCUACAGCCGGUCUCGACGGGCAGAUCAAGAUCUGGGAUGGGCGGAUGUGGGGAAAAGAGCUUCGUUCUUUCUCCAUGCGGAACAAUCCCAUUUCCCUCUCCUACUCUGGACGAGGGAUGCUCGCUGUCGGUGGGAAAAGCGGAGUCUCGGUCUUCAGGGACGAGACGACCACUCCUUACCUCACACUCCCCCUCCCUUCCCUUUCCGCCGACAGCAUCAAGUUCUGCCCAUUCGACGAUAUCCUAGCCGUCGGCCAUGCACGCGGGAUCUCGUCCCUCCUCGUCCCCGGCUCCGGAGAGGCCAACUUUGAUUCGGCAGAAGCGGACGUCUUUGAGUCUCACACUCGACGGAGAGAGAGGGAAGUUCGGGGCGUACUGGAGAAGAUCCGCCCGGAGCUUAUUACGAUGGAUACGGAGUAUCUCGGCAAGGUGCGGGAAGAGCAGCCGCAGAGCUAUGCAGAGAAGGAGGCGAGGAGUUAUCGCCAGAAAGGGAGGAUGGAGCGGUUGCGCGAGGGAGGGGUCGAUCCGGAGGGGGAUCUGGCGGGGAGGGAGAGUAGUGAGGAUGAUGACGAGGGUGGGAAGGGAGGGGACGAGCCAGAAAAGAAGAAGAAGAAGAAGAUGAGGGGUAAAGGGAAGAGUAUGGCGAGGUAUCUCGAGAAGAAGAAGAAGAAUGUGGUGGAUAAUACGACGAUCGCACUCAGGCAGAAGGUUGCUUCGCAAGCCAGAGCAGAGGAGGAGAAGCGCAAGAUCGCCAACGGGGAGAUCGUCAAGGAGUCUGGGGCACUUGCGCGGUUCGGGUGA